AUGAAUAUUUUGAAUAAUAAACUUAAAUUAGCUUGCGCAAUAGGUGCAGGAAUUGCUGGGUUAAUAUCUGGAUUCUAUUGGUAUCAUGGAGCUUUUUCUAAUGUCGAUAUUAAAGAAUAGAAGUAUGGUCCAUGUGAUUUCAUCUACUUCAAUAGAAUUGGCAGUUAUCAAACAAUAGGUACUGAAUGGAUGAAGCUUGAGAAAGAUGCCCAUAAAUAUUUUACUAAUGUACAGUUUAUUGGUAUUUACUAUGAUAACCCUAAACUACUUGAUGAUCCAAAUCAAGCUCGAGUUGCUCUUGGAUUUUCAGUAGGAAAUAGAGAAAAAGAUAAGAUAAAGAUUUUUUUAGAUAAUAACCCAAACUAUAAAUUUGUUUAGCUUCCUGAAGUACAAAGCUACUCCACUAGUUUCUCCUACAAAUCUUCAUUCUCAUUUAAAAUAGUAAAAGAAAAAAUAUAUCCUAAAAUCACUGGAUAUGCUUUGGAGAAAAAUUUAUCAUCGUUUUGCUUGGUUGAGACAUAUUUAUUUUAGGAAUAAAGCAAGAAAAUUAAUUUUGAUAUCCCAUUAGGAGAAAAUUCUGAGAGUUACUUCUUAUUUUGA